CUGGCAUUGCUUGGUUGAGCUGGAAUUUCCCUGUUUCAGACAGGAAGGACAAGUUUAUGAGACUGGUAUAAAAGCCGGUCUGAAGUGAAAGAUGUGUUUUGUUAUACACUACACAGCCAAGGAUUCAGACAAACACUUGCAGACAAAAUCAGCUAAUUUUAUUGUAGUUUCAAGAACGAAGAAACUGCAAACAGACACAAAGCCAGUAAUCCACCAAAUUCAGACAACUGUCACCAAUGGCAGAACAUCUGAUCUUGUCGAAAGAGAAUCAUGAGCGCAUCCGGGCUGUGGAGAGCAGUUUCGGUCGCACUGGAAAGACCCUUCAAAUACCUGGCCGUAUCCUAGUGGGAGAAGGUCGCUUGUUAAAGUUUUGCAGACGUGGACCCAAACCCAAGGCGUUCUUCCUCUUCAACGACAUCUUGAUCUAUGGCAGUAUCAUGGUGCCUGGCCGCUGGAAUAAGAAAAAGCAGAUCAUUUCUCUGGAUGAGGUGCAGCAGGAAGAUCUGAAAGACGGAGAGGCCAUGGCCAACCAGUGGCUCAUCCGAACACCACGCAAGUCCUUCUAUGUGGCGGCAGCCUCGCCUGAGGAGAAGCGAGCGUGGAUGGAGCACAUUGAGCGGUAUAAGGCCCAACUUUUGCAAAACAAAGGCCUUACUAUUGACCGCACUGCCAAGAGAAACUUGGCUGCUACAUGGAUUCCUGACACGGCCUCAGAAAUUUGCAUGCGCUGCUCGGAUCGCUUCACUGUUGCUAAUCGGAGGCACCAUUGCCGGAGGUGUGGGUUUGUAGUGUGUGGAGCUUGCUCGAAGGACCGUGCCUUGAUACUCAAUAUCUCCUCAAGCCCUGUGAGAGUCUGCUGCCAUUGUAUAAAUUACCUGAAGGCCCAGAAUGAACAAGAGAAAAGACAGCAAAGGGACAAGGCAAAAAAAUGUAAAAAUAAUUCUUUGGAAGACUUCGGACAAAACUUUGAAUAUAAGAGUUCCAGCAAAAAAGACUUGGAACAGGACAGUGAGUAUCAAGUGACCACCACAUGGUUCAAUGAGCGGCAAGUUAAUGUUUCCCAAUACUGCUACAUAAAACCUGAGCACAUGAAACCUUCUCUCACUGGACUAUAAACCAAAAAGAAGAAAAUUAAAGAGCACUUAAGUUAUUAUGAACUAUGCUGGAACUGCUUCAGCAGGUUAAUAGGAAAGAUUACAGCAGUUAUAAAGUAUUUUGCACUAGAGACACUUCUACAAAAAGUAUUUAGCACUUGUAAAAUUUAUUCUUUGUCCAUUUGUUUGUAUUUAAUUGCAUUGUUUAGUGAAUGUUGUGUAUAUUUAUUUAUCAAGUGAUGGCAAAUAUAAAUGAAUAAAAAAUGUAUUUGAAAUAA